CCCAGACUAACUACACGUCAUUUCCUGUGCGCCCCUGACUGUGCACGAUCCGUGUGCUGGCUUACUGCUUAUGAUAUAAAACAACAGUUUGUUAUUAGUUAGCAAAGUAAGGAGUGUUUGGAACGUAGUAUAGCUAUUGUGAUGGCUGAGGCGAUUCAGAAGAAACUGCAGGCCGAACUGGAGAAAUAUCAACAACUGCAAAAAGAUGUCAGUAAAAGUAUGUCUGCAAGACAAAAACUGGAAGCACAGUUAACUGAAAAUAAUAUUGUUAAGGAGGAGCUUGGAUUUUUGGAUACCCAAAAUACAGUUUACAAACUAAUUGGACCAGUUCUGGUAAAACAGGAUCUAGAUGAAGCCAAAGCAACAGUGGCCAAAAGAUUGGAAUACAUCAAUGGUGAAAUUCAACGCUACGAAACUUUACUGAAGGAUAUGGAGAAAAAGUCUGAGCAGCACAGAGAGGUUCUAUCCAGUCUACAGCAGGAGUACCAGCGAGCUCAGGGUCAACCUGUUGGAAAGGUCUAAAUGGAUUAUAAUCUUGUUCACAGACCUGGACACUAGUCUUAACCACCGAAUCUCAGAGACUCAAUAUACCUGCUACUAACCCAUGCUUGUUCAUUUACAUUAACAAAAUGCCUGAGGUUUUUUGCUCUCAAUAAAUUUUGUUUAUUUAUGUUCA